AUGAAUGUAAUCAUUUCUCCAGCUAGUGUAGCAUUCGCAUUGAGCAGUGCCGCAGCCGGUGCGAAUGGUACCACACUCCAACAAAUAUUGUUACUCAUGGCUGAAAAAUCUACUAUAGAACAAUUAUUGAAUCGUACUCGAGAACAAACACAUUUACUAAAGAAUUCGAAUGGUGAACAUAUAAAAUUAAAAUUAGCAAAUCGUAUCUAUGUCAACCAUAAUUUUAAAAUAAAUGAAACUUACGUUAAUCGAUUACGUGAAUAUAUCGACAGUGAUUUAGUAUCGGUAGAUUUCGAACGAAAUGCUAGUGGAACCGUACAGGACUUGAAUUUAUGGAUUAAACAAAAAACAAAGAACUUAAUUAAGGAAUUACUCAAGCCGAAUGAUAUUAAACCGGGAUAUACACAAUUAAUUUUCAUUAAUUGUAUCUAUUUCAAAGGUGAGCUUCAACUAAAAAAAAUAGUUUCGUUCACUGCUUGA